AUUCAGUAAACUGAAGGAUAGAAAUCAUUGAUUUUUGGAUUUGUGAACUACAUCAACGGCUUUGUCCGACGGGCAGCAUCACGUUUUUGACACAAUUUUCUCGCCCACAGAAAAAUGAGCAGCUCCGAAGAAGUUUCGUGGAUCUCCUGGUUUUGUGGUUUACGUGGAAAUGAAUUCUUUUGUGAGGUUGAUGAAGAUUACAUCCAAGAUAAGUUUAACUUAACCGGACUAAAUGAACAAGUUCCUCACUAUCGGCAAGCACUAGAUAUGAUUCUGGACUUAGAACCAGAUGAUGAUGUUGAAGACAACCCCAAUCAGUCGGACUUGAUAGAACAAGCUGCUGAAAUGUUGUAUGGAUUGAUUCAUGCCAGAUACAUUCUAACAAAUCGUGGGAUUCUGCAAAUGCUUGAGAAGUAUCAUGCUGGAGAUUUUGGGCAUUGUCCAAGGGUGUAUUGUGAAAAUCAGCUCAUGUUACCAAUUGGGUUAUCUGAUGUCCCAGGUGAAGCCAUGGUAAAGCUAUAUUGUCCAAAGUGUAUGGAUGUAUAUACUCCCAAAUCUUCCCGUCAUCACCACACUGAUGGGGCAUAUUUUGGGACAGGGUUCCCUCACAUGCUUUUCAUGGUCCAUCCUGAAUAUAGACCCAAAAAACCAACCAAUCAGUUUGUCCCACGAUUGUAUGGUUUUAAAAUCCAUCCGUUAGCCUAUCAGAUCCAACAACAGGGCGCCUCAAAUUUUAAAGUUCCCAUGCGUACUGUAAGUUACAACAACGGGAGGAAAUGAGGCUGCAGUAGGCUUCUUUGCCAUUAUUCAUUCAAUGUUACCAUAUAGAAUAAACGACGUUCAGGGAUUAUGUAACGCAGUUUUCAAGUCCCCUCCCCGAUCACUAUUCACAACCUCAUCGUUCCAACAAAUCUACGUAACGUUAUUCAGCUCUCCCAUAUUUUCUGAAACUAAUUAAAAAUCUGAAAUUAAAUUGAACCGAGUGCUAGAAUUUUGGCCAGGUAGUAAGCACUCAAACAAUUUCUAUUUUUCCCGAAACCAUCAUUUUAAUUUUCUCGCCUCAUGAGCAAAAGCUCUUGCUUUAACGUUACGUCCGCCAUCCUUUCAUCGUCAUAGCUAGAUUUUUGAGGUCCCUUCUGCGUUACAUAAUCUGUGAUCGUCGUCCAUUGGAACUGAACAUCCCUUGAUUCGACCCAUGAUUUACUCGACUUGUACAACAAUUUGAUGAAAAAAAAAAAAAAAAGAAUAGUGAAAUUUUUUUCUCUGGUUAAGAAUCGCACGUAUUCACUUAUCAGAUUGUUAGUCUAAUUAUUCCAACGAUAUUGCUCCAAAUCUGCGCCAGAGAAGCUACGUAGAAUGACGACAUGGAUACUAACAUUGUAAGUGUCUUUACCCAGACCAACUGCGUACUGGCUCGAAGUUAUUAUCGAAAUGGUUCUUUAUUUCUAUUUCCGUUCUCUUUUUGCUGCCAUUACAAAUUUCACAAUUCA